AUGUCAGGCUCAAAAUUAACUUUAGUUAAAAAAUCAAUGGAGUUUAUGGUAUCACAAUUAGGACCAAAUAAUCGUGUUUGUCUUAUAAUGUUUGGAGAUUCUGCUUCAAGAGUUUGUCCUUUGACUUGCACUAAUGAAAAUGGAAAAAAAAUAUUAAUUAAAAAAAUCAAUCAGAUAGGUUGUGUCAUAUUAAAAUCUGAAGUUCAAAAAGGGCUCAGUUUAGCCUUAAAUGUUUUGGCGUUAAGAAGAUAUGUUAAUUUAAUGACUUAA